GGAGCCAGAAAAUUUUGAAUCGUGUCUUCGGUUGCAGCUAUGAACCUCCCCAAGAUCCUCUGCCUGCUCUUUGGCCUCGCCCUCUGCGUAGCCUGCGGAGUCAAGCUGGGCCUCGCUUUGGCGCCCUACGUGUGUGCUGCUAACCUGGCCAAGGACGCGGAACAGACGAUGGUCGCCCACAAGCUGUCUCUCGCUACCAAGGCACUCGCCAUGAUCACCGGUAAACGUUCUUUCAGGGCGACCAUCUCCUACAACUCUCAGCUUGAGCGUUACGAAGACGCUCCCGCAGCGACCGUUGAAGACAACGUGGUCAGGGGCGCUCUGAAAAGCGCCGCGUCUAUUACGGCGGCUCCGAAGCCCAUCCAUGCAGAAAACGAGGUGAAAGUUGAGUGGCUGCCCAGCGUGACGAAAUCCACGACCCACCUUCCAACGCUGCCGUCGAUGCCCACGACUGUGGUGCCUGCAGGUGUCCCUAAGCUCGCAGUUCCCCAGCUACCAAGGAUUGUGGUGCCCAAGCUGAUGGUCCCCAAGAUCGUCAUGUCGGAGAUCGCUAUUCCUAAAGUCGUGCAGUCCAAAGUUGACCGACUGACCAGCAAGUUCAAUAAGCUAGGCAGCAAGUCCGCCGCCUUUCUUGGCGGUCCCAAGUACCAAAGCGGCUACAUUAAGGGCGGAUUCCGCGUUGCUCAUGGUGCUGGCCCCGCCGCUGACGUCCAGCUGGGGUCCAAUCCUGGGCCGACUCGAGUCUCACCCGUCGAGCCACGACAGUUCACCGUUGUGCACAAGAACCGUCAGCUCGAGCAGAGCGUCACCGCUUUGUCGGCGCCCGUCCACCGCAGCCGUCCUGUCCGUUCCGUCGACGCCGGCGUGAUGGGCCGUUACUUUAGGAUCAUUCAAGCCAACGACGAAGGGCGCUGCGUCGCGCUCAUGGUUUGCUCCAUGGCCGCGCAUCCGCAACUGUUUGGCAUCUACGGUCGCAAGGUCGUCGACUUCUUCGAUGACGUCAAGCCCUCAGCGUUGUCACCCGUGGCACCCUACAAGGAGGCGUCGCGUGUCGGUCGCAGCGGGGAUCCCUGCCGGUCACGCUAUUCGGCUUGCCAGGUGGAUCCCAUGUACCUGGCCCGUCUCGGUGAAUCCCAUGCCAACGUGAUCUAGAGUACACCCGGCCGGGAGUUCCAGCUCGUCACCCAUGUAUAUAGCUCACCCCGUGUAUAUGGACCUCAUGCUUAUGUAUAUAUAUUACGCUGAUUUGCUUAUCACAAAUGUAUAGUAGCAUGUAUAUAUUUGCAUACUUGUAUAUAUCUAUAUGUAUAUAGUUGCACAUAUAUAACUGACCGGUUGCGUCUUU